CGCUUGGCCAGCGUCAUGAUUCUCGUCCUUACGGUCUUGUGCAUUAGGACGACAAUUGUAUGUCUUUGGCAACAUUCCCACUCCGGGAGUGUUUUUUUUUUUCCUCUGCGGCCUUCGGGACUGUUGACGCCGCCAGAUAUACGCUGAUGAACAUAAAGAAUAUAAGUUCUUGAGGUUAUGUUCGGUAUCUAAAUAUACGAAUUGAAUUUAAUUGUACUUACUUAUGUAACUUGUGGUAUCGAAUACUGCCACAAUUUCGGUUUCCCUAAAGUUUCGAUAAUUUUCUAGUGAUAUUUCGUGUUAUCUUAUUUUGUCUAUGAACAUAAUAAUGCUUUCAUUAGACUGCCGCAGAUGAGAUGUUGCAACUCUCCUCCGUGCCGUACUUGAGGGACCAUGGAAAUUUAAGCUCUAGCCUCGAGCCGGGGGCCUGGAAAUUUGAUGUGACGUCACAGGAAUGACGAUGUAGUCUUUUUGUUAUUGCAGCAUGGAGCGCUGCCAUUGGUUGGUUUCCCUCGAUGACCGCCAUUUGACGAGAAUGACUCACAGGUGGAGAAAAACUGGCGCUGAGAAAAUAGGGACCCUGUAUGCGAGGCUAGGCGGGGCAUUUCCCUUGGCUUUCAAAUCGAAGGGGAGAAAUGUGUAACGCUCUGAACGCGAACAGAAAGAAUGAAGUUUACCAGUCGAAGUGCUGCGUGUGCGCGUUGUCAUAAUAAUGACGAAAUGUGAAAUUUGUAUACAAUUUACACACAAGUGAUCCUUGUUUUCGUAUUCUGUCUGCUCAGUGCUUUCGUCAAUUGUUACAUGGCUGAAACAACGUGAGAGCUAUAAUGGCGUUAUCCUCGGUUGCCGCCUUAUCGAACGCUGGAAAUACAAAUAAAGGAGGUUUUGAAGGAGUUGCAAUCAAACAAGAACGUCCAGAUGAAGCUGAAAUCCGAGAGCUGGCAGCCAAAAUGGUGGAAGCAAAUAAGGCGAAGAUGGCGAGUGUCCGACCGCCCGGUGCCGGCCAACCCCCGCCGCCCAACAUGGUCCAGACUGGCCAGCCAGGCAUCCUCAACUACCUUACGAGGGCACCUCCUGCCCCCGUUGCACCGUGCCCUGACAAAGAAAGAGACAAGGACAAAAAGACACCCGAGCCGGACAGGAAACCCCCUUUGGAUGAGGAGAGUGUGAGAGGAAAAUUUGGGUGGGUGACCCUUGGAAAGUGCCACAUACCUUACAUAUUUCGUUACGGUGAGAAGUAUUGUGCCGUUCGCAUGGUGGAAUCAAAACUUUUAAACAAGUACCUGACAUAUCUCCAUUCAGACAUUUACAACUGCACGUGUAUCCGCAGCUAUUAUAUCACGGACGCAGAGGCGAGGUUACUUAACGAAAUAAAUGUGAGGCAUUGUGAGGGACAGUUUGGCAGAGAUCUUUUUACAACCAAAGAUCUGGUCGUACGGUUACAAGAUGCUGGAGAAUUUUAUAAUUUUCUUGACGUGUGUUACAACAAGCUAUUGCUCAGUUCCAGCAACCCUAAAGAUAAGUGUGGAUUUGUUCGUAUCAAUGGUGAAUCUGUUGUGCCCUACACCGUGCGUGAUGGCUUCAAGUACGUACCGCUAUUCUAUUUCGAAGGUGAAACCGAUAACCUAAAACUCAAGGCUGAAAAGCUAGAAGGUUGGGAUCUUGCCUACCUUAAAUUUUGCUGCAAGGUCCAAGGCAUUCGUAAUGAGCUGUUUGCUAGUGAGACGUGUUCAGUGAUUAGCCUUAAUGACAUCAAGAGUUAUUUUCCUCCCGGAACCGUGUUCGAAGACUACUGGCCUAACAAAGUGGUGGAUUCCCAGCUGCUACUAGCGAGCAGCAAGGCUGGAGCUACGGCUACGGGCGCCGGCAUGUGGACAAAGCAGCCACCGCCUCCUCCACCGCCUGUCAUCCCUCCAGCUGCACCCCCCGCUGUUGCCGCAACCAAGCCGGAUGUUCCCAUCACCACCCUGCCUCAUCGUGCUGCUCCACCAGUCGGCUUAACUGCUGCAGUCCAGGCCGUGUGUAACGGUUGGACGGGGCUGGUGGGUGGACAACCGACCUACCAGCCUACUGUAGUGCCCCAGCCUGCUGGUGUUGUGCGCAUGACACCACCUGUUUCGAUGCCAAAUUUGCAGAUGAACACAUCUACAACUGCCAGUAAUAGAUCUUACACUCCUGUUCGCCCUAGAAUGGCUCCGCAGUAUUAUCCUCAGGUGUCACUGGCCAUGUCCCCUACAACGAGCCACCUGGCAGCAGCCCAGCAGCAGCCACCACCACUAGUCAGAGCAACUGUGAGCACUCCUACAAUGGGGAGCCGACGCCAGAACGGUGUUAUUUCCGGCAGGGCGACAGCUGCCACCUACACGUCUUCAGCGAAUCUGGGCCUGCCUAACAUGCAUCUGAUGGGGCUCGCCGACCCUUCGCAGCACCAGAUGCUGCCUCCUGCCGCAUCUCCUCUGUGCUCGCCACAUUACACCGUGGCCCCCCAGCCGCAGCCCCAGCAGGUGCGGAUCCAGCCCAAGGUGUCGUCAGCUCCCGCACAAGUUGUUCCGACACCCGUCUCUGCUUCCACUGCGAAGUACCCGCCGCCGCCUCUGGUGCCAGUGAACGGGACACCAGCUCCACCGCGUUAUCCUACAAACUUGUACGGUGUAGCGACGACAGGUGCCGACGUCAUUGAUUUAUCCUCGCCUCCCCAGUCACCGAGGAGGAGUGCUCAAGUGGGUGCUACAGUGAGUGCAAAUAGGACUACACCGCAACACGCUCCUGCAGUUACAACUGCUGCGGUUACUCCUACCAGCGUGCGAGAUUUAUCAGAUCCGAAUGGCACUGCACGGAAGCUUAUCCAGGUGCCUGAUACGAACUCAUCGGGAUCGCAGUCACCGUACAAGGUACACAAAGCACUUGUUGAGGGUAAAAUGGUACCCAGCAUCAAUUCAAAGCCAUUCAUAUCCUCAGAGCUGCUAAUGACGCUUUCUGACUUGGUGGCUCAUUUCUUCCCAACUGUUUCCCUGGCCAGCUGCAGGCAGGUCUUACAAGAUGUACUUGGAUUGGACCUCUACCGUGGCAAUAGGCAACAGAUGAUGAUACUUCGUGAAGCUGGGAAGUGCCAGUCUGUCAACGACAUUCUGCCUCUGGUGCAUUUACGUGACGUGAUACAGUACAUGCCUCAGAUGAAGUACAUGUUCAGCCGCAUGAACGCCAACCCCAGCAGUGAGGAGAGCGCCAGCAAGCGGCAGCGCACCAGCUAGGGCACAGCGUGGCCCUGUGUGGCCACACCGUCAGUGCCGUGGCAGAUGCCAGCUGCUGGCUUCGGCUGGCCUCAGCACUACGGCCUCUAGUUCCCACUGCCCUGCACGCAACGUGGGAAAUGCCAUACAAUUCAUCUGUGGUGUUAGACUGUACAGUUGUCCGUUGUUAACACUCGGCAUUUAAGUUAUGUGCAGUUGAGCACCACUGAAAAGUGUCCUGUCGUUGACGAUACAAGAUGAUUUUUGUCUGUAGAUGAAUGUUAAGUUUGCACUGUCUGUUUUUCUGAGAAUGUGGACGCUACAAUUGAAAGCAAAAUGAGAAGUGAAAAAUGGGCUGGUCCUUCAUUUAAAGAGACGUUACUGAUACACACCUAUACAACCACCUUGUUCUUCUCCAGUGGGCAGAGAGGCUUACAAAGUGCAAUAUCUUCUCUCCCUGAUGCAGAGGUGCAGUGAUACAUGUGGUGCAUAGCUUUUUAAAUGUUUACCAGCCAGCUUUCCCAUCUGUCAGAAUAGUUAUGGAUCACUUCUCUUCCCUGCAUUUAUAAUGUGCAUCACAUUUUCCUACGUGAAAAGCUGCCACGAUUUUCUAUAAACCACCACUAUGACUUCAAAGGAUAAAACAUAACCGAAGACUGAAAAUGUGUUACACUCGAAAUGAAGUGUAACAACAUAUAGAAUUAUUGUUUGUUGUUUGUUGCUAGUGUGAAGUCAUUUUUGCUUUUAUAGCUGUCUGAAGCUGUUAAGAGUAUUUUAUCUAUUUGUAGCUUUCUUUUUCAUUGAUCACAGUGACAAAUUUCACAAAUUGCAGAAAAUGUAGCUAUGUUGAUUUCAUUACUGAAUUUUUGUACUGAUGCCAGGCUAGUGUAUAUUGUAAGUCAUAUGUGGUGGUGAUGUUACUGGUGGAUUUGUUUACUGUAGUAGAGUAUUUUUUACUGUGAUAGACUGACUUGUUGUUUACAGUCAGAGGAAUGUAACAUUGCGGUGUAGAUGACCCGUGUGCAUUCCACAUUAAUUUACUGCCAUCAUAAUGCGAAAAUGUCACAUCAUGAAAAAAAUGUUGACGACCUAUAUGGUCGUUCUGUACAUAUAUGUCCAUACGGAUUGAUUCUUAUGGCCAUGCAAAUACAAAAUUGCAUUUUGUUUUGCAUAUUGCGUAAUAUUAUCUUGUACAGAAAACCGAUAAUCAUUGUUUGUAAUAUAUGUAUUUAUUUUCAUUCUUUGUACAUACCAAGAUAAGUACAUGUAAUUAAUUCAGCAUUAAAUGCAAAAUCAUUCAUAAAUGUGAUAAUCAAUACUUCUUAUUGAAUAUAUAAAUAAUUUGAAAAAUGUAAAUAUUGCUUACUUUUUACUAACAGUAAUUCUGGCUCGAGGCAGCUGAAGCAGGUCACGAAUAAGUAUAGCUGACACAAGCACUGAUACAGUUUAUUGUAAUGUGGAAGCUAAUUACAUCAUAUUUCUGUAGGUCUGUCCGUGUCGUCCUUGUUUCUUUAACCGUUUUCCUCCUACUAGCCCCUCCCUUCCUCCGCCACCUCUUCUCUCUCUCUCUCUCUCUCUCUCUCUCUCUCUCUCUCUCUCUCUCUCUCUCUCUCACACACACACACACACACACACACACACACACACACACACAGUGAGAGGAGGAGAGGGUCAGUUUCCAUCCAGAUACUGUUGGCACGCAACAUUUACUUGAAAUGUUCAUUUGGUUAUGUGUUUUGCAAGAUCUGAUAGCAUUAGCAUCUUGUAGAGUAAGGUUAUUUAUUCUGUUUAUCUGUGCCCCCAUAAACAGAAACUUGAACUGAACCAAAACAUGGAAUGAUAGCAUUUAUAGGCUCAUUGCAGCUUAGCAUUUAGUUACUUUCGGUUUAGAUCCAUGUAUUUAAAUAAAACAGUGCAACAUCAGCCAUUUUAUGUAACACACCAUUUAUCAGUUUGUAGCCCUUGUUGUGGUAAGUGUGCCAGUGUACUAGAUUUUUUCCCAUACUCGCAAGUACAAUGAAUCCUCGAAAGAUUAAUUUUUACAGAUAUAGAAUGCUAGUUGGUUGAUACAUUUAUGGUGGUGGGUGGGAGGGAGCCACUGAAAAAUACAAGUCCCCAGUAAAUUUAACUUGUAUCUGAAAUUGUCCUGUAUAAUGAAACACUUUAUAUUUUUCUCCCCCUGUGCACUUGAGUGUUAGCCAAUUAUGCACUACAUUGAAAUAUGUUGGAGCUAUUUGUCUGUCUGUCUCUGUUUCCCUCUUUCCUCACUUGCAAAAUGGUAAAUUUGUAGAGUUGACCCAUGUCAUUGCUAAUAGUGAAUGAAUCAAAAAAGUAGAAUACGAAAACAAUGGUAACAACUGAUAUUAUGGGGCCUGAAAGUCUCUGAAUGGUAAUGAACGUACGAUGGCAAGAGAAGAAUUACAAACUGGAAUGAUGAUAAAAGGUACAAAAUGUGAGCAAAAGUCAUGGACAAAUUGGAAAAAGUUCUUGUCAGAUGUAACAACUUCAGUAAGUAGUAAGAGAUGUACGCUAAUAACCCUGCUCAUGUUUCUAUAAAAGCUACAGGGCUAGAAUUUUGUGUGGAUGAUUCACUGAAGUAAGUCACUUUCUGCAGUACUACAUCAACAGCUGUUUUGUUGUUUUUCUGUGUUGUUAGGUUGUUUUUUUUUCCGGGCAAGUGUAUACCAAAUAAUCAAUUAUGAUAGAACAUUGUUGUGGAUGUGAUCUUUUGUAUGCUGGCCACUAUCCUGCAGUUAAAGUAAAUAAUUUUAUAGGGUGUAAAACUGUCUGUCCACUAAUAACAUUUACAUAAUUAAUUCUGACCUAUUAUGAAAUAUCUUUUGUUGUAGCAACUUGUAAGUGAUACAUCAUAUUCAUAUUUUCAUGGCAUCAGUUAUGGACUGAUUACACGCAAACAACUCAUUGCUAUUUGUUUAUUUCUGAUGAUACAUUUCUCCCCACAGGAAAAGGUUACGUCAUAUGUGUUGUAAAAUUCCUGAUGCUAUGCUCAAUAAUAAAUUGACAUAGCAUGCUAAUCAGAUAGUUAGAUGUUGAUUGACAUGGUAGUCAUAGAAAACAGUACAUUAUUAUAAGUCACAGCACUUUAUUGCAUUUCGUUGUCUGUGGUCAGAAUAUGUAACAGUAACACAAACUGAUUAGUCCAUUAUCAAGCCAGAGUGCUUCAAAGAAACUUUUUUUUUGUUUUUUAUUUUUUUUAUUAUUAUUAUUGUUGAAGUGUUCUGUAAUUCAUCAUUGUGAAAACUUAAAUGCUUCCUGUAACUGCAGCAAGGGAUAUUAAUGUAUUGAAAAAUUUUACAUUUGUGUGGGUAGAGUGUGGGCCUCCUGAUUUUUAUGUACAGUUGAAUUUUCUAUGAAAAUUGUUCAUUCCAGCUCUGCAGAUAAAUUGCGGGAUAGUUACAAGAAAGAGAAAAGAACCCUUCCCCUCUCCUCUCUCCAGUCUUCUUCCCACAUAGUGAGAAGCAGGAAAACAAAUGUAAAAGUUGCUGCCAGAGGAAAAUCUAGAUAAAACUUGUAGUUUACUUUAUAAAUAUGAGUGACUGCUUAAUUCAUUUUAACCAUUAACAUUCUCACUAUACAGAAGUAUUGUAAAGUGAAAGUAAAGUUCCUGAUUAUGACCAAAAUAUUUGGACUGUCAAGACAAAGUAGAAUGAUGUAAGUGUAGGAGAACUCUUACAUGUGAAAUUCCUUUUUGUAUAAUUAAAAGAAUUCAAAUGUA